AUGCCAGCCUCUUCGAGGCCUCAAGUCAAUGGAUAUUCUCAAGUCAAAGAUAACGAUAGAGAUAGUGAAGAGGAGGGGGAAAGUUUCCAAUCCACCGAUCAGAGCAAGGGCCAUACAGUCAAGUCUCAAGAUCAGUCGCCGUAUGAUCCCGAAAGACGUGGUUCAUUUCUGAGCGAGGAUGGAGAUCCUCUGGAGCUGGAAAUCCCAGUCGGGACCAGAACGAAAGAGAAAGAGAAACCUGUGACGUGGAAGAGCUUACCUCGAAAGAGUCAGUUGGCAAUCUUGACUCUUGCAAGACUCUCUGAACCAUUGGUGCAAUCUUCGUUAAGAUCCUACAUAUUCUACCAACUAAAGUCAUUUGACCAAAGCCUUCUAGAUGGAACCAUUGCCUCUCAAGCUGGUAUAAUGCAAUCAACAUUUGCUGCUUCUCAGUUAUGCACAGCUAUGUUAUGGGGUCGGCUAUCAGACCAGAGAGGACGAAAGGGAGUCAUUCUAUUCGGUCUUCUAGGAGCAAUGCUCUCUUGUAUUGGCUUCGGCUUCUCGAAGUCGUUUGCCCAAGCAUUGGUGUUCCGAGCUCUAGGCGGAGCACUCAAUGGGAACGUUGGAGUCAUGAGAACGAUGAUUAGUGAAAUUAUCAGGGAGAAGAAGUUUCAGUCGAGGGCAUUUCUGCUAUUGCCGAUGUGCGCAAAUAUUGGAGUCAUUAUUGGCCCGAUGAUUGGUGGUAUAACCAGUGAUCCGGCGGCCUCAUAUCCAAGCCUAUUUGGUGGGAUUGCAUGGCUUGAAAAAUAUCCAUACUCACCACCCCAAUGCAUCAGUGCGUGCAUUCUCUGUACUGCGGCAGUCGCGGUAUUCUUUGGUCUCGAAGAAACACAUGAGACUUUUAGCCAGAACGAUGAUAUUGGCAUCAAAUGCAGUCGAAAAUUAACUUCAAUCUUCCGAAAGCUGAGAGGGAAGAAGCAAUAUAAUUCGGAUGGGUAUCAGGCAGUUGCCGAUACUGAUCCUAAUUCACCAGUCGUGGAAUUGAUCCCUGCAUCUACGCCUAACAAGUCAAAAAAACGAGUCGCAGCGCAUUAUCCCAACAAGCUGCCAUUCCGCCGUAUAUUCACAUAUAACGUCAUCUGCGUUCUGAUAUCCCACGGACUUCUUGCGGCUUCUAUGGGAACUUUCCAGAGCAUCUUUUAUACGUUCCUAUCCACACCCGUCUACAUCCCGUCGGAUUUCCCGGAUUACACUCCCCACCCGCCUCUUACAUUUACCGGAGGUGUUGGGCUCCAUCCUCGUCCCAUAGGAUUUGCAAUGGCCACGCUUGGGACUAUUGGAAUAGCACUCCAACUGUUUCUCUACCCACCGGUUAACACCCGACUUGGAACAAUCCGAUCGUGGCGAAUCUUCCUAUAUUGUUUCCCGAUUUGCUACACCCUCGUUCCGUUUCUCUCCCUCGUUCCGUCUAGCACGUCCCCGCCGGGGCCGAAGACCGGACUUGCAGUCUGGGCUGCACUUACGUCACUCAUAUUCAUCUUCGUUGUAGCCCGGACAUUCGCUGCACCUGCUACCACGAUCCUACUCAACAACUGUAGUCCUCACCCUACAGUCCUGGGUACAAUCCACGGUAUUGGGCAGAGUGUGAGUGCAGCGGCACGAACAGUAGGUCCAGCAAUGGGUGGUUGGCUCUAUGGAGUGGGACUGGAAAAGGGAGUCGUGGGAGCUAUUUUCUGGGCGUUGGCGGGAGUUGCGGGUAUAGCAUGUUUCGCCUCCAAUUUUGUGAAGGAUGGGGAUGGUCAUGAGAUUCGACUCGAGGGUGACGAUGAAGCCGAGGAAGAAGCGGAGGAGGCUAAUAGAGGCCUUGGGUGA